AGUAUCUGUCACGCAGUCUUGAAAUCCCAGGGGAAAAGUGCCUGGCUGUGUGCGCUACACGGAUUCUGACAGCUCUUCCGUGUGAGUCCUGUUUCCUUAUGGGACAGCGCAGGAUCUACAGUGUCCCGUGGUUCCAUACUGCAGAAUCUCGGCGGAAACAGCUUAAUGGAUUCCCACAAACGCUUCCGGGACGAAAACUACAGACACUGGCUGCAGACAGCAGAGAGUCUGUACCGACUGAGGAUUCACAUCCGGGAGUUUGUGGAAAACGAAACCGAAUCCUACCACAGGUUUCUUCGGAAAGAACUAAAGGAUGAAAUCUGUCAAUCAAAAUGCAGCCUCCAUAAAUGUGCACCAAGACCAAAACAGUUUCCAAUUUGUGAAAAGUGUGAGAAGUGGAAAGAUGUGAUCUUGAAAAAUCAUAAAAAUAAGGGUAUGGACAUACCCUGGAAUAACUGCCAGCCACACCUGUGGCCUACAGACAAAUGGGAAGUGGCCAAGGUUUAUAUGCUACGUGGAGUAAAAGACCAUCACAGUUUUGAUGAGUUUGACAUUUCUGCCAUUCUGAACUUCAUGUCUCGCUGCAAGCACUUUCAAACCUUUACAGAUGGCCAGUGCAUAAACAAGGUCAUCAGUGUGAGAAACAAAGUGAUGCAUUCCCCUGACUUCAGGUUAAGCAAAAAGGAGAUGGAGGACAGUAUAAAGAUUGUUCAGGAGCUGGCUAAGAUUCUUGAAGAGCGUGCACCUGGACUAAAAAACCUAUCAAAAGAGAUACAGCAGUUUAACGUCAUUUUGGAGAGGUGUAGCGGACAGGUUUCCCAGAGUACAUCUAACAGCAAGGAAGAAAGUCUAAAGCUGAUAAACAGAGAACAACAUGCCCUGAAGGAGAAGAUUGAAUUUCUGGCCCAAUGCUAUGAAAAAGAUCAAUCCAAAGAGCUUAAAGAAGAGCUGCAGGGCAUGAAAAAUUUCCUGGACCAAAACAAAGAUUUGCUGGAGAAAUUGGGCCCUCAAGUAAACCGGUUCAAUGAAAUACAAGAGAAGGUGGACAAGCAUGAGCAGGAUAUCAGCAAACUGCACAACAGAGUGGACCAGCUAGAAAACAUUGUACCUGACCCAGUAUUCAGUGGUGACGUACUUAAGUUCAAGAAUUAUGUAUUUGAAGAGGCUCGAAGAAGGAACAUGCCAGAACCUGAAUUUACAGAGGAAUGUGAAGCUAGUGGUUACAGGGGUAUUGUGACUGUGAAUGGACGUACAUUUAGAGGUUUGCAGAUGUGUAAUAGUAAAAGAAAUGCCCACCAAGAGGUUGCUAAGAUAGCUCUGGAACACAUGAAAUCUCACCCUGAGUGGAAAGAAGAACCCACUGAAACCACUUCAUCAAUAUCCUCAUCUACAUCAUCCUCAAUUAACGUCUAUUACGGUAUUGUGACUGUUGUCCUCAAUAACCAAGAGGUUGUGUCUGAUGGUUGUGUUCAAGAGGAGGAAGCCACUGAGUCGGCUUACAGGAAACUAGCAUAUCAGUUUGGCCUGGCUUCUCCUGAAGCAAGUAAUACUUUUAGGACAGCAGUUCUGGAGCAUUUUCAGAGGUGUAAUUUUCCAAAACCACUGGAACUUUCCGAUCGCCAAGAUGAUAAGAUUUUGUGUAAACUCCAAAUCAGUGGGCCUUUCACCUUUUAUGACAAAGAUGGCUCCUCAAAGAAGAAACAGGCAGAACAGCAGGCAGCUAAGGUUGCCCUGCAAUAUUUGUCAGAGAUCAUUAACUGCAGGUCUUUGGCUAAUGCUGGUGACAAUUGGAAAGGAUUUCUGAAGGAAUGUCUAGAUGCUCUUGGAUUGAAGCAACCUGAAUAUGAUUUUGAAAUAAAAAAAGUAUGUAUUAGUCAAGAAACAGAGGGUUCCACUUUGAGUGAAGAUGAUAAUUCACACAUAUCCACCACAAAGGUAAUUAGCAAGAAUGAUAGCCUUCAAGCAAAGAACAGUGUCACUGUGGUCCAGGAUCUACCUACAGCAGACACACUCAAUGCUGUUGAGUUUCAAGUGACAGAAACACUGGACUCCAGUGCUCCAGAGAUGCCCAGCCAAGCCCCCAAAGUGGAUUCUACAGGCACUAUCAAUUAUUGUAUUGUGACUGUGGUCCUCAACAACCAAGAGGUUGUGUCUGAUGGUUUUGUUCAAAAGGAGGAAGCCAUAGAAUCGGCUUACAGGAAACUAGCCAUCCAAUUUGGUCUGACUUCUCUUGAAGGUAAAACAGCAGUGCUGGAGUAUUUUCAUAGAUGUAAUUUCCCACUACCACGGGAAGUCUCAGUUUGCGAAGAUGAUAAGAUCUUCUGCAAACUCCAACUCACUGGGGCUUUCACAUUUUCUGACAAAGAUGGCUCUUCAAAGAAGAAACAGGCAGAACAGCAGGCAGCUAAGGUUGCCCUGAAGCAUUUAUCAGGACUAUUCAACUGCAGUUUUGAGGCUGAAGCUGGCAAAAAUGACAAAGGUUUACUGAAGGAACGUCUAGAAGCCCUCGGUCUGAAACAACCUGUCUACAGUUUUGUAAUAAACAGAGAAGGUGACACUGGAGAACUUGAGGGUCCCACUAGGAGUGAAGAUAAUUCACACUUAUCCACCACAAAGGUAAUCAGCAAGAAUGAUAGCCUUCAAGCAAAGAACAGUGUCACUGUGGUCCAGGAUCUACCUACAGCAGACACACUCAAUGCUGUUGAGUUUCAAGUGACAGAAACACUGGACUCCAGUGCUCCAGAGAUGCCCAGCCAAGCCCCCAAAGUGAAUUCUACAGGCACUAUCUAUUAUUGUAUUGUGACUGUGGUCCUCAACAACCAAGAGGUUGUGUCUGAUGGUUUUGUUCAAGAGGAGGAAGCCACUGAAUCAGCUUACAGGAAACUAGCCAUCCAAUUUGGCCUGACUUCUCCUGAAGCAGGUAAUACUUUUAGGACAGCAGUUCUGGAGCAUUUUCAGAGGUGUAAUUUCCCAAAACCAUUGGAACUCUCAGAUCGCCAAGACGAUAAGAUUUUGUGCAAACUCCAAAUCAGUGGGCCUUUCACCUUUUAUGACAAAGAUGGCUCUUCAAAGAAGAAACAGGCAGAACAGCAGGCAGCUAAGGUUGCCCUGCAGCAUUUAUCAGGACUCUUUAACUGCGUUUUUGAGGCUGAAGCUGGCAAAAACUACAAAGGUUUACUGAAGGAACGUAUGGAUGCACUCCAUCUCCAAAGCCCUGUGUACAGAUAUAAGGUAAAGGGAGGAGUCAGUGAAGCAGUGGAGGGUCCUGGUACAAGUGGAGAUAAUUUGCACUCAUCAUGUACGACAGCCAUUAGCAAGAACGUUUGUCUUCAACCAAAGGACAAUGUCAGUCAGGAUUGUCUGAUGACAGGAGCUCAGGAUGCAAGUCCAGACAUAUCCAACAAAUCCCCCAAGCUUGAUUAUACAGACAUCAACACACUUCUAGCAUUGUUUCAUCUCAAGCCUCCAUCUAUAACAGUAGAGCGUGUCAGCACUGAGAUGAUCUUCAGCUGUCAUGUGGACAUAAACUUGGAUAAAUUCACAUUUCAAAACAACAGUGAAUACACAGCCAAGAAAGAUGCCAUUCGUAAAACUUAUUUAUUGCUUGGGAAUGCGUUGGGAAUUUCUAAACCAAAAUUAGAUGAAAGCAAUGCUUCCAUGCUGGUGAAACAACAUUUUUCCCAGAAGUCUCUCACCUUUCCUAAGGAAGUCUUUGAAGACAGCAAGUGUUCCCUUAAUGAUAUAACAUACAAUUUAGUCUAUGAUGGAAAAGGUGCCACUGAGGCAGAAGCAAAGCAGGGUGCCCUGCAGAAUGCCCUGGGCAUGCUACCCUUGCUCUUUGGGUUCAAGUCUUUGCCAAAGUGUAGCACAGUUGAGGAGACAGAGGUUCAGAUUAAUACCUUACUAAGAACAAAAGGUCAAAAAGACCUUACGUAUUCACACGACUGCACCCUAUAUAAAAGCUCAGUUGAGCUCCUGUUCAAAAAUUACACCAUGGAGAGCAAACACCAGAAGAGUAAAAAAGAAAAUCGUAAUCAUCUUACUAACCGCAUUCUGGGCCUGCUAGCAGUGGAGCCAGAACCAGAUACUGUAUCUCUAAGAAACUGUCUAGAUGACUGGUUUAAACAGAAGAAUCUGGAGCAGCCUGUGUUUGAGAACACAGAGGAGGCUCAAGGACAAAAAGUCAUGUUUUCUGUCAACGUUUCCUGCUCAAAUCCAAACUGGGAAGAGAGCAUGGAAGUUGCAAAAGAAAAGUUGGUCGAUGAACUCAGGGAAAGGUUAAAGUAUCUUUCAUAUUAAGGCAAAGAGCAGUAUGGGAUUUCUUCAACCAGCCCAAAAGAACCCAUGUCACACCCCUCUUCAUCUCCCUUCACUGGCUUCCUGUAGCCGCCCGGAUCAAAUUCAAGGCCUUGAUGUUCACAUACAAGACCUUGUCUGGAACAGCGCCCCCUUCUUCAACACUCUCCUUGAGGCUUAUGUUCACUCACGCAAUCUGCGAUCGCUUAACGACCGAUUCUUAGUAGUUCCUACUCAGCGUGGCUCAAGGUCCCUUUACAGAACCUUCAAACGAACUGUUCUUCAGUGGUGGAAUGAAUUUCCAACGUCAAUCCGGACCACAGAAUCUGUCACUAUCUUCAAAAAACAACUAAAGACCCACCUCUUCCAUGAGCACUUAAAUAAGCCCUAAAAUACCAAACCCAUUGAUAUAUUGAUUGAUAUAUUGCUUUGCUUGUAUUUCCUCAUUUGUAAGUCACUUUGGAUAAAAGCAUCUGCUAAAUGAAUAAAUGUAAAUGAGAUUUGGUACAGAAUUUUGUGAAAUCUGGUACAGAAUGUAAUUGUUCUUGUGUAAAUCAUCAUUUUCCAAGAUAGCAGUAUUUUAUGAUGAACGCUUAACAUUACCAUGGGCAUCAUGGGCAAUUACCAACUACUAAACUACUAACUAAGUUACUUUUUAAAUUAUUAUCAGUGAUCAUCAACCAUCAGUGCACUUGUGUUAAGGUAAGCAUGUGAUACGAUUACUGGGAACACGCUUAGCUUUCUGUUCCCUUGUUAACACUUUUCCUCUUUGUUCUUUUGUGAACACAUUGUAAAAAAGAAAAGUUGACUUAACUUAAAAUUUCAAGGCAACUUGCUGCACAGCUUUUUUGAGUUUCCUCAACUCAAGGUUAAAAAUCGAGUUAAGUUGAGUAAACUCAAAAAAAGCUUUGCAGUGAACACUUUGUCUGUUCCUCUUCCCAACCAGGUACAGACAGAUAAAGCCCCUCAAUAAUCUCCCAAAAUACCAUUUGCGUGCACUUACAUACCUUUCCGAACAACAUUUACUCGUAUUCCUAUGACUUUCUGAAAACCAUAUAUGGAGUUGUUCCUGCCGUACAUUCAUAUGCUUCCUGUUUAUGCAAAUAUUAAAUUUUUGAAAAUUUGAA